GCGCAAUCUGGAUGAUAAGCUGGCUCUUUUUGUCCUUUAUAUUUGGAUAUGUGGCUUCUACAGAUAGCUUUAAUGAGUACCUCACUACAAACCCACUUCAGGAUGGCAGAGUCGACGUUGGGUUCAACUUCACGAUAACCGAUAGCGAAAUCUCGCCACAUACAAAUUUAUUCCCUCUCCCACUCGUCAAUCUUCUCAGAUCGCCUGAAAUCGAUAUCGACGAACUUCAUUUGAGUCUUUCAGCGGGCAUUUGGGAUUAUAGCAAGUGGCACUACCCACACUUCCCACAACUAGGCAGUUCAGGUAUAGAGUUGUGGGUGUCACACAAUUCUGACAGUACCCCAACAAAAUGGAAUAGAUUGGUGCAUACGCUUUCAGGAAUGUUUUGCGCAUCAUUUAGCACUUCUGAUAAUGCCCACCAAGUCGAAUUGAAGGGUAAGACAUGGACGCAUGCACAGAUUGCGUCACAACUGCCAUGCACGGAGAAUCUUACUCCCUUUAUUGCUUUAUUACCAUGCAAGAGCUCGGCAGGAUUGGGACAACUGCUUAAUCCUCAUAAAUUAUUCGAUGCAGAUUACCAUAGUUUGGGAUUGUCUUUGUAUCGGACUGACAACGGAGCAAGGGUCGAAAUAAUGAUCGAGGCUGUUAUGAAUCCAACUAGAGUGAAUCAACAGAGACAAUACUCUACGAAGGGGAUGUUAGAUAGGUCUGUCAACAGCCCUUGUCCGUUAGCGGAUAGCAGUAAGGUUUAUUUCAAUCUGCCUCCAACACCUCAGCAAGGACACGAUGAAGACCUCUGGGUGGUUCUUCCAGAAGACCACGAUGGUGAAGUUAAAGAUGGAAUUGUUGAUCUGGACAUAAUGCAGUCUGUCAAACCACUCGCUUUGUCAGUGGUUUAUCCCUUUCAAGAAAUAUUUACCUAUCCAAAAUCUAUAACAAAUCCACCUUUACUGAUCAGAAGAGAUCAGAUCGCCGGUCCAAUUGAAGAAACAAUGUUGGUGAGAACGGUGGUGGAGAACACAGAGGAUAACGAUAGACAAGUUAGCUACUUCCACUCAAUACCCUGGCAAAUAGAACCCUGGCUGCACACCUUCACAAUAAAUGGUGGUUUGAAUGAUACAAGCUACAAACAUUCGCUUGGCGAAGCCAAAAAGGACCCAUAUAAACUCCAAGUGAAUGCGACGAUACCUGCACACUCUCAACUUACAAUAGAGUGUUUAUACCAACGCCAGUUUCUCCAAUAUGCAGAUUACGCACCUGAUAUUCACCGCGGUGUUGAUAUUCCUCCUGGAGUUUUAUUAUUCAAUCGAGAUGAUGAAACGAGAUUUCAAUACACAACACCCUUAUUAAUUGAUCUCGCUACACCUGAUUUCUCAAUGCCAUACAACGUUAUCAUUAUUACCAGCACAGUGAUAGCUCUCUUCUUCGGAAGUGUUUACAACAUUCUAGUCAAAGAAUUCCAGUUAAUCCCCAGAAAGGAGAAGGCAAAAACAGACUAAAUGAUAGUAUUUUUAAUCGAAACAAAAAAUGUAUGAAAUAGAAAGAGACUUUUUAGUUGACGUUGUAGAAUUGGAAACCAGGUGAAUUUGGUUCGGCGUUGUCUAUAAGUUUCUUGACGUGAUCAGGAAGAUCCUUGUAUUCGUCACUUGCAGAGCUGUUCUGGCCCUCGACUUCAACGACCUCAAAUUGCUCAAGGUUGAGUGUCUUACGGAAGUAUGCAGCGCAGUUGAGGAGAAUCUCACGCUCAUUGAAUGGUAAAGUUCUAUUGAAGGCAGUUUCACCACCAAAUUGCAUAGCGCGUCUCUUGAGUGAUUGAAUAAAUGGCAUAAUUCUCUUAUCCUUAAUCAAACCCUUUUCUAUGAGAAUGUUCUUCAACUUUCCGUCAUCGAAAGUCUUAUCGGAUUCAGUCCAGCAUUCGGUGGCGAAGUUUACACACUGCUCUUGCCAAGCUGGGUAGGACUUUGCUGUGAAUACCUUCAAUGCCUUCUUAGCCUUAACGUCGAAUGCUUCAUUUGCCUUGCCCUUCUUACGUUUUGCCAAUGCGAGUUCAGCAUCUCUCAUUGUCUUGACAGAUGCUCUUACGUAGGUGAGACUGUCGUAAAGUGUUUGGUCAACUUCUGGGACUUCUGGAUAACGCUCGUGUUGUACGCUACCAGGCAACUUGAGAAUGUUUUGCCAGACAUGUUCAGAGAAGUGAGGAAUGAGUGGUGUCAUAAUGAGUGCUUGCAAUUUGAUCCAAUCGAGGAUGAGAUCUGCAUGCAUGCCCUCAACGAUAGUUACUUCACGGUACCAAUCUCUUGCAGAUUGGAAUUCAUAAAGAGCCAACUUAAGUGCCUCUUUGUAGAAUGUACCUUCGUAACUCUUGUAUGCUUCACGAAUACAGUGAUGCAUUUCAUUGCGGAAUGCCUUAUCGUGGAAGGUAUCGGCAGGACCAGUUCUAAAUGAUCCCUUGUUCUCGACGACUUCCUUGCACCAUUCCGUCAAUGUGUGUAAACGGAGAAUAGCAGCGUUGGCUGUCUUUUCUUCGAAGUUUGCAUCUUCGAUACCGUCACCUGCAUCUGCUAAAGUGAGUCUUGUUGCGUCAGCACCGAACUUCUCGACAGCGUCUCUAAGAGUGAGUGUGUUACCAGUUGACUUGGACAUCUUUUGACCGUUCAACAUUAAGUGACCGUUUGCUCUCAUAGAUCUUGGCCAUUGGUCUUCUGGGAAGAGACAUGAGUGGUUGUAUAUAGAGAAUG